AUGAAGCACCGAGUGUCGUCCACGUGUGAGAGUUUUUUAACAAACGAUGGAAGCGAUGAUCUGGUGGUGCGCUACAAAUGGAAUGGUGAGUCUAUUGGACUUGAGCUGAUGCGCUCAUCGCUGUCUACUGCUGAACAUGUUGUUCAUUGGGGCGUGGACCCACUUGGCGUUACGUUGGGCGUGGAGGACACGUCUCGACGUGUGAUUGUGACGCGCUCCAGUCGUGUGGAUGUUAAAGAGGGCGAUGUGCUGCUAAUGGCAGGUGGAAAUCCCAUUAUUGAACAGAAUUUUAGCCAACGCAUGGCAUUGCUUAAGCAGGAACACGAAUUAAGCGGAGUAGCGAUCCCAUUUGUGUUCGCACCCCCUCCAUCACCAGUGCUCGUUAAGAAGUGUGAGGGUGCACUGAGAGAGGCCGGCGUAGGCCCAAGCUUUGAGCUGAAGUACGUGGAUGGCCGUGUCGUGAGAUAUCUUGAAAUGAAAGAGCUGCAGGUUCUCAUUCGCAACUCGCACAAACCGUGCACGAUGGCAUUUGUGCAGAGCAAAGACAAGCAAUUCUAUGGAGUACUGCAACGACAGGAGCAGCAACGACGCAGACUACAGCAUGUUAGUCAAGCUGCAGCUGCAAGUGCGGGACUGGCUUUGGCUGCGGCUAUUGUUGUCAAUAUCACAUGA